AUGGAAAAAAAAGAAAAAGAGGAGGAAGAUGCUAGUCUUGCUAGUCUUCCUAUGAAAAGAAAAUAUGAAGAGUGUAGAGAGAAGAAAAACAUAUGUGAGCAGUCUUAUGCUCUGUUGGGAUACAGAACAACAGCCAGAACUUCCACUGAGGCAACUCCAUACCUCCUCAUUUAUGGUACGGAAGCAGUCAUACCCGCUAAGGUAGAAAUCCCUUCACUCAGAAUUAUCCAAGAGGCAGAACUGAAAGAUGCAGAAUGGGUCAAGAACCGUUAUGAACAAUUGGCCAUGAUAGAGGAAAAACGAAUGGUGGCAAUGUGCCAUGGACAGCUGUACAGACAGAGAAUGUCUAAAGCCUUCAACAAGCGGGUCAGAACUCGACUUUUCCAGAUUGGACAACUCGUGCUCAAACGAGUCUUCCCUCACCAAGAGGAGUAUAAAGGGAAAUUCGCACCGAACUGGCAGGGACCAUACAUGGUUAGGAAAGUACUUUUAGGAGGAGCUGUGGUUUUAGCCGAGAUGGACGGGCAAGAGUGGCCCAAAGCCAUCAAUGCAGACGCACUCAAGAGAUACUAUGUUUCGGAUCCUAUUUUGCUUGUUCCUCUUUACAGGACAGCAGCAAAGCAAAAGCAAGAGCCCAAACGGAAGAGAAAGAUCGAAAGGAUCAUAACAAAAACAGGUAGUAAAGACACAUCAGGCCAAAAGGGUCACAAUGAAUGA